AAAAGAGACCAAAGGCAAGCUAGCAGCAUCCUACAGCAGUCUGGCCACUAGCGAUCGAUCCAUCAGUUCUCAGUUUCACCUAAAAAUCUACCAAAGGCAAGGUCAUUGAACACGGCCAGUCAAACGCGCGUGCGUGGAAAAGGAGAGGUAACCGUGCCGUAACACCCAGCCCCCGUGCCUCUCUCCUCGACCGGUAUAUAUGCGUGCGGUGCAUCUCUGCUCGCAACUCAGCAAUUGCACCCGCUCCGUGUCACUCGGUCGAUCAGUCGCACUCGCCAACUCACCGAGCGAGAGCAACGUGCAGCAUCAGCCAGGCGUGCGUAGAGCCAAGCAGCGCGGCGCGGGCCGGCGAGGGGUCGAUGGCGUUCAUGCGGUACCGCGCGCUGCCACAGGGUGAGCUGACGGUGGAGGAGUUCCGGGCGUGGCUGUCGCAGUUCGACGCGGACCGCGACGGCCGGAUCAGCCGGGAGGAGCUGCAGCACGCGCUGCGGAGCCUGAACGUGUGGUUCGCGUGGUGGAAGGCGCGGGGCGGGGUGCGCACGGCCGACGCCAACCGCGACGGCGCCGUGGCCGUGGACGGGGAGGAGGAGGUCGCGCGGCUCUUCGCCUUCGCGCAGAGGCACCUCCACGUCAAGAUCACCCAGCUCGUCCCCUGCUGAUGGAGCACACGUGCUGAUCAUCAGCCGGUCGGUCGAUGUGACUCUGAUGUUCAGCGCUUGUGACUUGUGAGGUGUGCCGGGGGCUCAUCCACCUCUAUCUCUCUUCUUCCUCUCGCGAGGAAGAGGAAAUACCGAUUGAUGCUUUGCUUUUGAUGCAUCUCGUGGCAACUUUGUGGACUGUUCAAAAGAGUUCUCUACUCGAUCGUAUUUCCAGCACGGCAGAGUUUGUUGAGAAAUGUUAGAAAUGAUGUAUUGGUCUUCGCACUGUAUUGUUAUGUUUAACAUUUUCCAACUUAAUAUGCGGAUAA